GGCUGUUUGGAGCGUUAUGGGAAUAUACUGAAAGUUGAUACAACUGGAGCUUCGGAGGCAACUGCGAAACCGGAAGGUCUGAGCUAUGCAGGAGUUCCUGCCUCAGAGAAGAUUGCAGAAAAAGAUUUGAAGAACAUGGAGAAAUACCAAGCCAAGAUUACAAAAGUUGGCAACAGCAAGUGUGUUGAUCCAGCUGUGAUUGCUGGUAUUAUCUCUCGAGAGUCGCACGCUGGGACAGUGCUGAAAAAUGGCUGGGGUGACCAUGGAAAUGGAUUUGGUUUAAUGCAGGUUGACAAACGGUACCAUAAGAUUGUUGGGUCAUGGGACAGUGAAGAGCACUUAGCACAAGGCACAGAGAUUUUAUGCGGGAUGAUAAAGGAAAUCCAGAAGAAAUUCCCAAAUUGGACAAAGGAACAGCAGCUCAAAGGUGGGAUCUCAGCCUAUAAUGCGGGAGCUAACAACGUCCGGAGCUACGACAGAAUGGAUAUUGGCACAACACACAAUGACUACGCCAAUGAUGUGGUUGCAAGAGCCAAGUUUUAUAAGAGAAACGGAUACUGAGAUAUCUGAGUAAUUAUUAGAUUUAAGUCACUGAUUGCAUACUUGUCUUCUAAUUAAAAAAAUCCUGGAUUUCUCCCCCAGAAACGUUAGGAAUGGGGGAGGGCAAUGAAGCCAGAAACAAGUGCAAGCUUUCAAUGAUUUUUUUUCUGCUAGACUAAAAAAAAAUAACUUUAAAAGACAACACUGCUAAUAAUCCAAACUAUAACCUAUCUUUUGCCAUUGAUUUUUUAUCUCACUUCAUGAGAAUAUUCAAGCAGAGUUUUCAUCUGUCCUUGCAGUUUCUCAAGCAGCAGAUUAAUGCUGCAAGACAGCUGUAACACUGCUUAACAAGAUUUUAUCUGCCUCAGAUUUUAUCUGUCAAUACACAUGUCUAACAGCAGUACAAAAUUGGUUGUUAACAAUUUGCAAUUUUGGAACCGAGUAUUUGCAAUAAAAAUUGUAUAUGUUUAACUACCAGAAGA